AUGGCUCCCCGAACCGUCCACACAAUCGGAGGCCGCUACAAAAGCAUCAAAGCUGUGGAAGAUGCGCCAUUCGCAGAGUUCAUCUCAGUGAGAGAGACCGGGCUUAAACUCAACGUCGUCCACCCAGUCCCGGUCGCGUAUCUGCGUGACCUGCAGUCUCGCGAACGCGCUGCGGUCCACAAACAUGUUACCGCUGAGCUGUUUAGUAACAGCUACAAAGACGACGAAUUUGUUGAAGCGGUAGAAGAAACCUUGAGUUUGUUGGAGACGGUCCAACAGGAUAUGGAUCAUGAUCGCUCGACCACUGCGGACCUAACGACCACGGAUACGACCAGCAACCGGACUUACCACACGGCAAGGGAGCAUCAGGAGUCCCGGGGCAAACAUUCCUCCAUGCAUGUGGAGGCUGACACCAAUGUCAUGAGCGGCUCAAAGUCAGGCGCCCUUGGGCGUAGCCGGAAUAUAAAUAAAUGGAAGAGUACCGUACCCCCUGGCUACCCUCCACCCCCCGUUAGUACGCCAAGCUCAGUCUUUCAGUCUGAGAGUCGUAGUGGAUCGCGAUCAUCUAGCUCCAGCAAGAUGCGAAAGCCAAGCAGACACACCGACUUCCUCAAGGACGCAAAGCUCGACGAGAAGACACGCGUUAUAGUCGUGGAGCACAGCGCUGCGAGCCGCGAACUGGCGCUUCAGGAAGAGCAUCUUGCCAGUCUCGAGUUGCUUGCUUUGACAGUCACCAGCUCAGCUGCGCGGCGCGAUCUAUACGGCGCCAUUCGGAAAGCUCGCAGUGCAGUCGAGAAGGUGCGCGUCCUCGAACGCAAGUGCAAGGGCGCCUUGUCUGACUCCCGCGCGCUUGUAGUGGAUGCUCUUGAGCUUGCCGAUGAUCUUUGGGAGACGUCAGAAGCGGAUGCGGAAGAAGCAUCAACCGUUUCUUCGCCAACCACGGUCCAUUCGUCGACAACGGUUUCAUCUCGGACAACCGGUUCUUCCCCGACACAGCGGAGCACAUCCACUGCACCAACGGAACCUGAGUCUUUGGUGCCGGCCCGCUUUCCCUCUGCCUCGGAAGUUGUCUCACUGAGGCAGGAACUGCAAAAGAUCGACGACAGUCUUUCCGAGUCGAUGAGGACUUUGAACCAGGUCAUCACUCAAUCACGUUAUCGAGAGGGCGUAAUCGAAAGCAUAGACCGCGCACGGGCAUGUCUCGACAAAGUUCACAUCAGAGGAGAGCGCUAUUCGGGCUUGGACGACGAAAAGAUACGCAAAUUCGGAUUUGCAACGCUUGCCAUCGCUCGGACAAGGCAUGUGAAAGCUAUGCGCGUUCUCGAUGCAGCCAAGCAAGAGCAACUACCACUGGACGGCCCUAAGCAAGCAAAAGGUAGCGGAGGAACACGAGACACCGAGCGCCAAGAGCCUUUGCGAGAGGAUGAAGAGUUCGAUCGGAUGGUCCAUCGUUUCUCGCAAUUUGAUUGCGGGGACUCCGAGGAGCUUCUGCGUCAGCAACAAGAGGUUCUUCAACAGGUUGCUAACUACCGUGCCGCUGAGGCGUACAACAGACGCCGUCAAAUGGGUCAUAGCUUGUAUGACCAAUUUCUGCAGGCAGGUGCACCUGAGGCUUACGGGGAGCCAACGUAUUCCGAAGCGGAAUUUCCGUCAUCGCGGUCCCUGGAGUGGGAUCAGUACUGGUAUGCAUGGGAUUUUGGAAGUAGUUCGUCCUGGGAGGACAGGGAAUAG